AUGUCAUAUUGGGAACUAGAGGCUUGUAUUUUUACUUACGAUAAGGAUGGAAUCACACGUAUGGCUGUGGGUAUCCGAUCAACAUGGGAAGACUUGCGCUCUGAGUUCAGUCGCCAGGGAUCUUCGUGCCCUGUAGAAAAUGCGAUUCACUAUAGAACAAUUAGUACCAGUGGUCCGAAAUUAUUUGCGGUAUGUCCUGAUCUAUUACGAGUAUUCUAUCAUCGUGACAGUGAAUGGCAUCAGUACAGAACUGCUCGAUGGGUACAUCGCGGUACAGUUCUUCAAUUACUGUUGUAUCUCAAUCGACACGAUGAUAAUGACGAUGAAGAACCUUCGCAGGAAGACAACAAUGGACAAGAUCGAAAGGAUAGUUACGGCCAACAAUCGAAAAGUUUAACGCCAUUGAAUGAUUUCAACGCUAUGCAUAUCAACUUACAAAUUUUAUACUAUUGUUUAUUGCACAUGAUACGAUUUGUUCAACGACCGAUCCGUUCUAUUCAAAGUCAAUUCGAUUUGUUAGAAGUACUUUAA